CACAUCAUUGACAUCAACAUCACUGGCAACCAUUCCCCCCGAUACUAACCUACUAACAACACAGCAUGCUUGGUACGCGCUCGAGGCGAACCGUCGAGCCCGAAGAGCGGGCUCCAGCUUCGACAGCUACAACAAAGAAAUCCAAGACAGCACGCGCAGAACGACAAACACGGCCAGCCGAAACAUCGUCGCGCGUCGUGGGCCGCAAGAGAAGUCCGAGCAGACAACUAGAACCAACGCCUGUAGCGGAGGAGGAGGAGGAGGAGGAGGAGGAGGACUCGGUGGCAGUAGAGAAGAAAUCGCACACCAAGAACCCGAAAUCGCGGAGUAAUACCCACACUGCCACUGGCGCUGCUGCUCCGCCCAGUAAAGCGAAGGCUACGCAAGAAAAAGACAAAGCGCGUAUGCUCUACUAUCUCUAAACACAUCCUAUGUCUCUGUCUUCCCGUAUGGCUAACCUCUCUCUAGUACCGUCGGUACGAGAGGAGGAGCAUGUCCCAUCCCAACGAAAAUCUACCGCGAGGCCGGAUAUCGCUCUGGAGGACGACGCCCCCAUAAAGCCGGAUGACAUUAUGGAACUCGAGGACCUGGCGAGCCAUGCGGAGAAACUUCUCAAGUCGCUUCUGAACGACAACCGCGAUGUGGCCACUCUGCGAGGGCAUCUUUCGGGACCUGGCCACAUUGCGCAACGUUUGCGGCAUUCCAAGAAAAAGCUAGACGAAUCCAAGGCGAAGUUUGGGAAGCAAGAUUACAUCUCCCUCGAAGUGAUACACAGAGCUCUCAAAUCUCAGGCCUACGAUCCGGUAAUACAUGAGGCAAACCUUGCCGUCCUCACGACUUUCAUCUUCACCGCUACGCACGAGAAGGAUCAGAUGUUUGAGAACUUGAGGGCGCUCGGCCAGCAGUUCCCGGGAAUGGUCGGUGAAAGUAUCACAGCUGAUAACUUUGGCCUUGUUCUGGAUCUUCGCACCCAGACUUUGAUCGCGGCCCUUCGGAAAAAUAAGGACGAGGAACACGUCAGUCCUGUGCAUCUCCUCCACCAAAUAUUUUACGCCCAGGAGGAGGACCCGAGACCUCUGCUCCCAUUUGGUGGUGACAUGAAGUACCCUCACUGGCGGGAGGAGACUGAAAAAAGGGAGCUGGAACUGUACGGGUUGCUGGGGCAUGAUGACGCAGAGAGAGGAUUGAGAGCACUUCGUGAGAAGUAUCCUUGGGAUAACUUUGCAAGCAAGAUGGCAGCAUACUCCCGACACCUACUCCAAGACCCUAAUCGACAAGCUAGGAUUGCGGCCGCCGUGGAUGCAGUGGCUGGGUCUUUCUCGCAAGAUGCCGAACAGCUAGAUUCGCCAGUUUUACCGGAAGCCAAAGAUAAAAAGAUUCAACCCCUUCCGGCUCCGGAGGAAAAAGCCACGCGACGGGAACAAGGAAAACAACAGAUUCCGAGGGUUUCCUUCAGACUUGGGGAGAUCAAAGCACUGGAGCAGGAGGAAGAGGAGCUGGAAGAGCUCAGCCCGGAUGAAGAAGAGGAGGAAGAGGAGGAGAUGGCAGGGGAGGAAGACCAUGCUGUACAUCUCCAGGUUGACAAGACACACAGACCCGAACACCAACAAGACAGAAACGAUACUUCAUCUCCAUCACCCUCUGGUGCGGAGCUUCUCAACUUGUACUUUGAACACGCAAGAGAGAACAACAAAGAGAACCAAGCCGCGGAAUCCGUUGCUGGCCCGUCCAGGCGUCGCUUUAUUGAUCCCCAGCCCGGCGCAAUACGUAUAGAAUUUGACACGCAGCUUGAAGAAACCCAGGAUCCAGAAUCGCGCAGGAGUUCAGGGGCGGCAGAAAAGGGCCAGGGCAAGAAGAGGCGCCGCACUCUAGACGAGGACGAAGAUGACAACGAAGUGUUUGAGGCCGAUAACCGCAAAGAGAAUCGGGUCCUCAAAAAACGCUCACGUCAAGUUAUCGCGGAGGCAGAUCCCUGGGUACAGCAACAUCCGAUCCCUGUUGCUCGGUCUGCGGGCGCUUCUCUCACUCGUCAUUCCAAUGUUUCGGCCCGUAGCCGAGCCUCUGCUGGUUCAGCAGCACGCACUUCCGGGGUUUCGGUAGGGCAGAUGCCAGCCGGUCCCUCAAGAGUUCGCAGAAGCAAUGGACUUCAAAAUAGGCCGAUUCGGGCAUCGAAUGCUUCUUCUACGGCUCGCGGAAGCGAUAUGCACCGAAACGAGUUGGUUCCUGCGCACGUCGGAGCCCACCCGCGGCGUUCACUCUCACCACAGUCGGAGGAUGAUGGUCUUGUCUCAAUGGUCAACAAAAUCGAAAAAUUGAACAGGACAGCCAACAAGAGGAGGGGGGUACGAAAAGGGAGGAACCCUUGGACGGAGGAGCAGGCCAACAUGCUUGUCAGGAUGAUUGGGAAAUAUGGCACGAAUUGGCAACUCAUUGCAGCGGAGGAACCCCUGCUGUAUGGUAGAACAAACGUCAAUCUCAAAGAUAAAGCGAGAAAUAUGAAGCUCCAGUUUUUACGCAACGGACUGCCGCUGCCGGGGAACUUCGAACAUGUCACGAUCAGCCAGAAGGACCGCCCAUGAGCAUAGUGACGAUGAGGGAUCGAGUGGCGAAGGAACCGUAGGCGAGGAUUCCCAAGAAAUUGAUGAAGAAGAUUAAUUUCUCUUUCAUUUCUUCAUUUCAGUUUCCUUUUCCUCUUCCUUUCCGGUUUGGCUGGCCGAGGGUAUAUUUCUGCUCAGGAGUGUUUGGAGUGUCUUUCGUGGGCCUGCUGUUUGUUACCUCAUCUGCUUUUUCCUUGGUUUUUUUUUUGGUAUGUACUCGAUUUCGGUCUGCAUCUGUAUCUUUAAUGGGUUUGUUUUGGCGGCGGGGAAUACCAUUACUGUUCUCUUCAA